AUGCUGCUGAAGCCAGAGAAACAACCUGAAGAAACAAAAUCGCACAGGCCCAUAAGUCUGCUACCCAUCCCAUCCAAAAUAUACGAAUCCCUACUGCUACAACGAAUCUUGCCUAUACUCAAAGAGAAGGAGCUAAUCCCUGAAUACCAGUUUGGAUUCCGCAGUAAGCAUGCCACUAUCGGCCAAGUGCACAGACUAACAAAAUACAUCAUGGAGUCACUGGAAGAUGAUUUUCGUGAAAUAGAUCAUAUUGAAUCCCAAUUUCGUGAGACGGAGAGUCAUUCAAGUGAUAAUGAAGAGGUUAUUCGGUUUCCAAAUCGCCGUGCAAGGAAGCGCUGCAUAGUACCAUCUGAUACUGAAGACGGAGAAGUCCUUGUACCCUCACCAAUGGAUACAUCUAAGCCAAAAUCAAGAAAAAAAGCAAGAAAAACUCGCAGGUGCCUUGGUGCCCGGCAAUAUAAAAAUUAUUCAAAUGAAAUGCUUGAAAUAGCUGUAGAUCUUGUUAGAAAAAAACAGAUAUCAGCAAGAGAGGCGACGCGACAAUUCACAAUUCCUAAACAGGCAAUAUUAAAUAAAGUAAACAAGUCUCAUACAAAGUCUGUCGGAUGUCCAACGCGAUUAUCUGAUGGCGAAGAAGCCAAAUUUAUUAAAGUUUUAAUUGCUGCUGGGGAAUUCGGAUGCCCACUUAGUAAAUUGGAUCUUCGCCUCGUCGUGUUUGAAUACUUGAAAAAGAAUGGCCGCGAGGAUGUAUUUAACGGAGGACCUCCUGGAAAAGCAUGGCUUGAUAAUUUUUUGUCAAGACAUUCAUCAGAUUUGUCAGUUCGUAGCACGCAGAAUAUUAAAAAAAAUAGAGCUGAGAAAGGGGUUGAUGAGUUCAUGGAAUAUUUUAGAAAUUUAGAAGAGACUUUGAAAGACGUUACUCCAUCAAAUAUACUCAAUUUUGACGAAACAAAUUUAACAGAUGAUCCAGGAUCUUCAAAAUGUAUAUUUAGGCGAUGA